UCUCAGUUGAAGUGGUCAGCUCAGUCGAUUGGGUUGUCUGGCAGAGGCAGUACACCGCGAUGUGGAAAGCAUAUGUAUCUGGAUCGCCAGUUGGAUAAACACGCUAUAAUCUAAACAGUUGGAACCAUGUUUACGCGUGCGGGGAAAGCACCGAAGCCAUAGGGCAGCAAGUGAAAGGGGCGCAUUUCCGAGAGUAUUUAUUUUCAAGAUCGCCAUUUUGGGGGCAGUAAACGGGGACUUUUCUGCAGCUAUCUCAAGUGUGCUCGCCCGCUCGUCAAGCAAAAUUAAGUUCAAGAAAAACAAUAAUAUUAUGAAGCCUUGUUAGGUACAAAGGCGUUAUAACGCCGAAUCGUGUGUAUUAUCAGAUAUGCCACGGCGGAGUUACAACACACACAGAAGUAGAAAAAUGGUGCGAGCCCAGAAAAAAAACCCCCAUAUAACAUAGCACAUAACCCAUCCAAACUGUUACCACCUGCAGCUACUAUCUAGCACGGGUCUUAUACCGCCACUAAAGCCCGGUAGACGAAAAAAUCACCGAUGCCAGAUGUUUUAUCUCGUAUUUAGAUCAGAUCGUGGCGUUCCUUUGUUGUUUUUCGUGUUGUGUAUCGAAAUAUGUGAAUACGGUUCUGACAGAUGGUUAAACCAUUUUGAUGGGGCAUUAAAAUGGAUCAAGAUUGCAAAAGUGUCAAAUGACGAGAUAAUUAAUUUAUUUUUAAUGUCGCAUUUCAUAGUUAUCCAAUUUAGAAAACUCAUUUUCAAUCCAAUUAUUCCUUAAAAUAAACACCAAAAAUGUACUGCUGCUAAAUGGUUAACUUUUCUCAUAACCGAAGCAAAUAUUGAAAUGGUAGUCCACUCCAAAUAUUUAUUUUACUAUUCGUAAAUUGCCAUUCACGACGUUUUACAUUUAAAUCAUUUCGCAUUUUAAUAUUUUAUAAAAAUAUUUUAUUUAUUUCUUGCUUACAUGUUCGUUAGAAAACAAUAUUAACACAAAAUCAAAUGUUUUAACUACAGGAAUCAAUAUUCGUUCUAUCUGAAAGAACGUAAAUAUAGUGAACAUCGAUCAUGAAACCUAACUAGACGCACCCUUAAGGUCCACUCUAAUAUAACAUAUGUUCGUUACUAACCAUUCACAUUUUGUUAUAAAUAAAACGUUCAUCUCUAUUUAAAAAGCUAUUAAUGUGAGCUUUCUUGUGGCUGAUUUCAUACGUAAAUAAAUAAAAACGUCUCCUACAACGAAAUCGUACUUUAAUAUAGAAUAACCACAUUCGCCGCCCACCGAAAGUAAAAAUAUAAACAAAUAUGAAUAAAAACUCGAAUAUUUUGACCAUUGGAACUGAAGUUUUAAAAGAACCAGCGAAUCCAAAAGUUCCUAAAGAGUUGUCUGUGUCGGAUUUAGAAAAGCACUUGCAGAAAAUUCUACUAAAUGGCGGUAAACCAUUGACAAAUGUUUAUGAAGAUGGAUCAGUAGGAACAUUUUCGGCGAAGGAAACUAAGAAAAACGGAUACUACUACGAGUUCGGUCCGGGGGAUAAGAUCAAUGGUUGGAUGUGUAGCGGUCGCACUUUCAAUGCCAAGGAUGUUCUAAGCAGACUAAAGAAUGUAAUCAGCAAGGAGCACUGGAUAUCUGAUAAUGUUGCGAAAUAUCAAAAGGAUUCAAGAGACUUUGUAAUCCGAACUACGUUCAAUGCUUUGGACGAGGAAAGCUCAGAUAUUUACUCGUAUUUGUGUUAUCUGAAUGAAAAUUCCAAGAGGAGGUGAACUUUAUAACAUACAUAUAUCAUUUGCCAUUAACACUUUCUUAUAAACAAAAAAAGAUUUCAUUUGUAAAUAAAUAAAAGAAAUGCUCUCAACGCAAACGGACUACACUAUGAUCUCGAAA